UGACCCCUGCAUAACCACUGUACUGCACAGCGGGGCUAGUUAGCUAGUAGUAGCGAUAGUACAGGUCCGUGACGCAACUGUAUUAAAUAUAUUGAUUUUGGCUUUGAUAUUGUUCUGGUCAUGGCUUUGAAUAGUUGUUUGAAAGUGUCAAGAAUUAUUCCGCGUGUCUUACACAGAAAUGUCAUUCAUCUGGCUUGCGCCACAAGAACAUUGAAGAACUCUCUCGGAACACAUUCCCUUUGCGUGCAGUAUACACCCGCUGUGACCUGCAGGGGGAAAACUCAAUUGCGUAACUUCAGUUCUUCCAAAGAGACCGACGUGUCUUACGAGCAGCUGAAGAAGUUGCUUGCUGCAGGAACAGCUUCAGUGAUCGACGUGCGUGAGCCGUGGGAACUCAGAGAAUACGGAAACAUUCCCGGGUCAAUAAACGUGCCUUUGGGACAGGUGAGCAAUGCACUACAGCUCAGUCCUGAGGAUUUCAAGGAGAAGUACGGAGGGACUAUGCCCUCGCAGACCGAGAACGUCGUUUUCACCUGUCUGGCGGGAGUGAGGAGCAAAACUGCCUUGGACACAGCGGCCUCCUUGGGCUAUUCAAAGGUUAAACACUUUCCUGGAGGUUGGCAGGACUGGGCAAAACAUGAAAUAUUACAGACCAAAGAAUGAUCUUCUGGAUGAGUUUGUGGUUGAACCCCUGGUGAAAUUAUGUCGCACAAACAUGAUUUUCAUAAUCUUUACAAUGCAGCAUUUAGCCACCAUGCCAAUUUCAGAGAAGUGACAAUUGUAAAUAAAUAAAUAGUUGUUCUCUGUGACUGAAUAAUACGGCUUAUGAUGCUACCACAAGACAGCCUGUCAUCUGAAUGCCUGGGAGUAAAGAAAACUCUUCCAGUGUGGAUUUACUGAAGAUUUAAAGGUGAACUUCUUUGAGGUUCUAAAGUUGCAGUUUAAAUUCAGGUUAUGAAACCACUUUAAAAGGGCUUCCGACAGUGCUUACCAGCUUACAAAUGGUUGGUGACCUUUGACCAUCUGUUAUGGAUGUUGAAUAUAAAGUAUAAAUAAUGUGUGAGAUUUCAGCCAUUUCAAUCAUUGUUUUUCUCCAUAGUCUACAGACCAUGUCAGACAUUCAAGAAAAUAUUUUGCAGAAAGGUCUGGUGCUUACCGUAUGUUAUCAACAAUGCAUUCAUAAGAAUGAAUGAAAUACAUUUCACAUAAUUUUGUAUCCUUCUGAAUAAAAGACUUAUUAAAGCUU